CUGCCGGAUCCAUCCGAAGUUCGCACGAAGCAUCGCGUCAAUCGCGCGAAAAGAAUCGCGCAUCUCUCGCGGAAAAUGUGAGGGAGUAGCGCGCGUGACGUGACGUGUGUGUGAUUACGGAUUGUUAAAAGGAAUAUUAAUGUGCGUGAGCAAGCGACGACGUUUUUAUCGAUUGCAUUACUUAUGCAUGUGUGCUCGGGAAAGAGCAUCACUCGUAGAUUGUACACAUUGUUACGAAGUGUAUUAAGGUUCUGGCAGUGCUGCUCUUAUCUGUGAUUCCAUGGCCGGGUCCCAGUGUCUUUAAGAUAUCAUGUCCCCGCGAUCGAGCGUCUGUAGUGAGGAGGAUAGUUCACAAGAGAUGGAUGCCAAUACUGAAGAAGUAUCAGGUAGAGUUGCCGUUGGAAUGCCCAUUCCACGAAAGUCGAGAUAUUUUUCGACCUCAACAAAAGGCAAAGUACCAGCACAGGCCCUCGCAAUGGACCUGCGGCCUCUGCGGCAAGUCCUUUUACGCGGAGAAACAUCUGGACGCCCAUUUCGAUAACAGACACAAAAGCAACGUGAAUACGGCGGAGGACGCGGUAUGCCUAGCAGACUACUGCGACAUUAUGCGCUGCGACGUAUUGGGCAACCGUGACUUUGAGAACUCGGUAGACGACGACGGCAGUCACCUGAGCACCGACAUUCAGGUCUGGCGUGAGAACACCGAGCAGCAACGGCAGCAGCAGCAGCAGCAGCAGCAACAGCAACAGCAGCAACAGCAGCAGCAUCGCACUUCCGUCGUGCCAUGCGAGUCACGUGGCCUUGCCAGAAUGUAUCCUGCGGACAAAUCCUGCGCCAUCGCUGGCGGUGGCGCGAUGACGAAUCUGCAGCGUUAUUGCCGGCGCGAUAACCAUGACGGCGAAAUGCACAAUCACAGACUAGCAAGAUCGUCUUAUCACAACGAGAUCGCCGGGCCGGACAACAAAAGCAGCGCCUGCGACGGCGAGGAGGACGAGGACGAGGAUGACGAGGAUGCCGAGGACGAGGAGGAGAACCUGGUGGAAGCGGCGCUGCCCGCCGUCGACAAGAAGCAGAGGCGCAGAGGGCUGCAUCUGAGGAAACUCAAGUCCAACUGUAAGCCGGAGGAGCUGCAGAAGCUGAAGACCCAAUGCGAAAUACUUGUGCGCGAUUGCAUCGCCGGGCUGCUCACCAAUCUCUCCGUGCGGGACUUUCAAGAGAUCGAAGGGGAGCUGAAUCGCGCGAUCUGCUGGUAUCUUAGCUGCGACAAAUACUGGGAGGACACGAAGAGGCAGCAGCGUCACACGCCGUGGUACUUACUGACCGUGUUCAUGCUGCUCCUGUUCUCGUCGAUCUACGCGUGUUACUACGUCAUUUGGGUCUGCUUCAACACCGCGGACGAAGAUCGACUGGACGGUACUGGCAGUGUGGAUUAUAACGGCAGCACGGAUCGCUCGAGCACCUCGCCGUUACACGACCCGAGCAUUCACGGUGAGGGAAGAUUGGAAAGACGAAAGGGCGACCACGGGGACGAAAAUCUACCCUUGUCCAGCGAGGACAUGCCUGACCACUACAUAUAUGUGUCCUAUCCGCCCGAGCUGAAACGGCGACUUCUAGAAAGCGAUCCUCCUGCUUACAGCUGCUACAACAGGACCACUCGUCUGUGAGGCCGGGGUGAGACGGGUCUACGAGGGGAUAACACGGCGACAGAUUGUCCCGGACCUUGCACAAAGAAAACGAACAGGCACUCUCGAGGCUGAAAUUCUUCACUCUCUCAUUCUUCUCGCUACCCUCGUGUUUUGUAUACAGAAAGCGAAUAAAUUGCAUCGUGGACACGAUCUCGCCUGCU